GCUCGGAUGCGCUCGUGCCCCGCUUCGUCCCACCCUCGCGGCUGGGUUUUUCGGGGUGGCUCGCAGCGGGGGGUGCCCGGGCGCUCAGCGGAUGCCUCGUUUCGAACUUCCGCAGCAAACACUCGACCACAAGUUGAUGCCGAAAGCAGAAACCGCGCGGCAAGCUGCAGCCAUGGCAGAGGGCAAGAGCGGGGGAGCCGGGCUCUUCGCCAAGCAGGUCCAGAAGCGGUUCAGCCGGGCACAGGAGAAGGUUUUGCAGAAACUGGGCAAAACCGUCGAGACCAAGGACGAGCAGUUCGAGCAAAGCGCCUACAAUUUCCAGCUGCAGCAGAAUGAAGGCAACAAACUCUACAAAGACCUCAAGGCUUUUGUCAGCGCAGUGAAAGUGAUGCACGAAAGCUCCCGGAAAGUGGCCGAAACUCUGCAGGAGAUUUACAGCCCCGACUGGGACGGCCACGCGGAGCUGAAAGCCAUAGCAGAUGUGAGCCCCCUUGGGGACAGCCCCCGCGGGUCGGGGGGCGCAGAGCCAGCUCCCGGGGGAGGCAGCCCAGCACGUCCAGCCAGCGAGCGCUGGGGGGGUGGGGGGCCAGGAGCUCUGCCCCCACUCAUCCCUGUCCCCUUUUCGUCCCCGCAGAGCAACGACCUCCUGUGGGAAGACUACGAGGCGAAGCUGGCCGAUCAGGCGCUGCGGCUGAUGGAGAACUACCUGGCGCAGUUCGGUGACAUUAAGGAGCGCAUCGCCAAGCGGGGCCGCAAGCUGGUGGACUACGACAGCGCCCGGCACCACCUCGAAGCCCUGCAGAACGCCAAAAAGAAGGACGAGGCCAAAAUCGCCAAGGCUGAGGAGGAGUUCAACAAAGCCCAGGCGGUGUUUGAAGACCUGAACAGGGAGCUUCGGGAGGAGCUGCCCGUCCUCUACAGCAGCCGCAUUGCCUGCUACGUGACCAUCUUCCAGAACAUCUCCAACCUCCGGGACAUCUUCUACAAGGAGAUGAGCAAGCUCAACCGCGACCUCUACGAGGUGAUGGGCAAACUGGACAAGCAGCACUCCAGCAAAGUCUUCAUCAUCAAAGGCGUCUCCAGCAACCGGCGCUCUCUGGUCAUCUCCUCACCCGUGAGCCCCCCAGCCAUGUACCCAUGCCCAGGGAAGGCACCGGGCGAGCCACCCACCUCGCCGGCCCCACGCCCGGACUGGGAGCCCGUGCUGGAAGCGGAGAUGGCAUCAGCAUCCCCCGAGGAGGGCAGCGACGCUGCUGAAAGCAUCUCCAAUGGCCCCGCGGAGAUGGGUGCUGGCGAGCUGGGUGCUCCCGUCCCUGGUCCUCCUCCAGCCUCACCAGCGAGCAUGGGGUCUGCGUCAGAAACCGCAUCGGUCUCCAGCGAGGAGUCCCAGGAGCCUGUCCUCACCCCUGAAGCUCCGUCCCCUGAAACGGGGGUGUCCAAGGGCACUGGGUCCCCUGGGCUCCCCAAAAGCCGGGCUGGGAGCCCCGUGUCUGCUGGUCCGGAGGCGGCAGGGGCUGAUGGAGGGGUGCAGGCGGGAGCCGAGGGCAUCGCCGCCUCCCUGGCCUCACUGAUUUUAUCUGAGGCUAUUGCCACGGCUGCCAGCACCGUGCCAGCGGAGCCAAAAAGUGCCACAGAGGAUCCGGACGGUGCCGACAGCGAGGGUCUCGCACGUCCUGAGAGCACUGGAGGCAGCUCGGGGGGGGACCCGCCAUCCCCAGCCAGCACCCACGGUGCCACCGGGCCCACGGCAGAGGCACGAGGGUGCCCGUCCCUGGGCGGUGGGCAGGAUGCGUGCCAGCUCGCUGGGGCCGUGGGAGAGCACAGCGACUCCGAGGAGAGCGUGGAGGUGGUGGAUGUGUCGCCGAAGGCGGCCAAAAUGCAGAUGGGGCUGGAGCUGGCCCUCGAGGAGGGAUCAAGUGGCUGCAUCCAGGACAGUGCCGCCCCCCCCGGCUCCCAAACUGAGGAGCAAGGGACACCCGGGGAACUGGAGCAGGACGCGAGCCAGGACCCCCCCCAGGACCCCAGCGAAACCCUCACGUCCCUGUGAGCCCAGCGCCCGGAGAGGUGCGGGCCGGAGGGAGGGGAAGGAGCUUUUAUGGGGCUGCCUGCAGAUAACUUUGUUUAACCGUAACGCGCUUUACAACCCCCCCGUCACAUCUGAAAUAAAGGCAGAGGGCAGACACCGGUGCCUGAAAACGCAGCAAGAAGAGGUGGAAUUUUCUGGAAAGGCGACCGAGGGCCGAAAUAUCGGCGCCGGGCAUCUCAUCUCCAUCCUGAGAGGCAGCGCUGGGGGGUUGCAAUGCGGCACAGCUGGAGCAGCCCACGCAAAAUUGCCAAAAAGCACAGCUUGGGGAUGCCUGGGCAUCAUCACCGGCUCACGUGGGAGCUCCCUGCCUGUGGGUUUAGGGCUGGAUCCAGG